UACCUUCAAUAAACAAUUCAAGUCAAUCGACUGCAGGACUCCGGCAGAAAGCGUUAGAAAACCGCGUCGUUCGUGUAGGGAAAAGGCGCUGUCGGCCCUUCAAAACCGAAAGCCCGGCGAAUUUGGCGUCGCCCGCAAUAGGAAGAAAGCUGAACAUGCUGUCGAAGGCUGUCGCGCGUUUCCGAAAACGCAACGUAAUUCUCAAAGGAAUCUUGUCUAAAUCCAUUUGAACAGAUGCUGUUCAAGGGCGACUGCAGGCAGCGCUAACCUCACUGCGUCUCUGACGCGACUCAAGGGCCAUCUCCAUCUGUGCCUGUGCUCAGGAAAUCAGGGUAUGGGCAGUAGACUAAUUUUAACACUCAAGAUCUAGAAGCUAAAAGUUACAUGCCCAAGGAUUUGGGAGCUCGCAUGGAUCACAGGACCAUGGCCCUGUUCAUAUCUCAGCAGUGGUAACCAUAAGUUAAACCAACAUACUUUACAUGCUCAUCUUCUGUAGUGACGGGCAAACACCCUUUUAAAGUUGCAUUUGACUUCUCAUAUCUGCGUGGAUUGAAAACCUCUGUUUUGAAGCUAAAAGCCAUUAGAUCUCUAGGUGGAAAAUAAUUGAGCAUUUAUUUUUCCUCUGUCGUGGUGGCCAGCCAUAGAAGGGACCAUAAUAUUGAACAUGACUCAUGGGGAAGAGAGUGGCCCUGAGACGCACCAGGAUUCUGCUGUUCUAACAUAUCUGGAAGGCUUACUCAUGCAUCGGGUAGCAGGAGCACAAGGUGCCAAGGCAACACAACAAGGUGAGGCUGGCGGUGGCAACGAGGACCAGAGGAACAAAGAGCAAACAGGACUUACAUUGCCUAGUCAUAGUGAUCAACAGGACAAAACAGCUGCACAUGGAGGGACCACACAGCAUCUCAAAAAAGCUCGUCUACUGCGCUCAGAAGCCUGGACCGAAUGUGAGAGCCAGAAGAGGUCGACGGCUUCUACGGAGCUCAACGGGCAGAAGGAGGAACUCCAUGGUGGGAUGAAUGGUUCCUCACAGUGUAAAGGAGAGAGCACACUUCUGGCGAGCCUGCUUCAGUCUUUUAGCACGAGGCUCCAGAAUGUUGCUCUAUCACAGCACAUUGUUCAAAACCUGAUGCAACAGAAUGCCUCUAGUCCAGUCAGAGAGCCUGACCAAAUAGACAAGGCAUCCGAGCACAGCCCUGGAUCUGCCCCAAGUCACUUCAAAGGGGUGACGGGAAAUGCCAGUGUGCAAAAUCACAGCAUCAAUGAGUCGUAUGACCACCGACGUACAAGCCAGAAGAGGUUAUCGGAGUCUCCAAUGACACCACAGCACAGCUCUCGCUCCCCUUCUUCAGAAUCCUUGCCUUGCACCGAACGUCUGAAGGCUGUGGCCAGUCUGGUAAAUAUCAGGUCGAGCCCUGCGCCUUCACCCAAACCCAGUGUGGCAUGCAGUCAGCUGGCUCUGCUGCUUUCUAGUGAGGCUCACCUGCAACAGUAUUCCCGGGAACAGGCCCUCAAAGCUCAGCUAGCAGGGCGAUCAGCCAGUGAGAGGCUUGCAGCCAUAGCCACGCAGCAAACUCAUGAAAAGAAACAACCUAUGACAUCUGGGCAGUCUCAGUCAAACCAGGACACACUAAGCUCCUUACACACCAAAAAUGGGAUACCUUCUCAAAUGUCAACAAACUCCAGUAGGCAGAGUCCAGGCCUAAGUACAGGGCAAAGUAGAUCAGAGGGUUCUGUGACGAGAGCACAUCCAUUCAGAGAGCGACGACCUUUUGAGAGGCAUGGAAGGCCAUCGCAGAACUGCAGCAGUCUGCUGCUUCAGCUUCUGAACAGCCACAACACACCACAGCGACUCACUUGCCAGGGUCACAUGAAGGAGGAUGUCAGCAUCUUCUCCAGUCGAGACUCUCCUCUGUUUUCAGACAGUGAGCACUCAAAUCCUGCCAGCAGCCUGCCAAAAGACAGUAGUGAUGCUGAGAGCACUCACUCUAGUUGCUCUCCUAUUGACCUUUCCUUAAAGGGCAAAAUAAACAUCCCAGCAACACUCUCUUCAUCUUCUUCACCGGCACGGGACAAGGUCACAGAGUCACCCAAAAACAAGUGGAUGUUGAAUAACUCGCCUCCAAAAGGCCCUGUUGGACACCAAGAGGUACACACUUGUCCGGAAAUGAAACCCCAUCACAAGGUUACCCUUUUGGAGUUGCUUCUUGAUCACAAAAAUAAUGAGAAGGCAAAUAAAGGGCUGGAUAAUCCGGAGUUACAGCCAGUCACGGUCCCUAAGGUCAAUAGUGUAUGUACAACCACUCAGACAAUUUUUUAUACAGGAAGGUGUAAGGACACAACGGAACUAAGCCAAGUCUGUGGAAUGAAUACUAGAAGUCCCAAAGUACUGCCAGUGUUGCCCCAAGGCAGAGAUUGCAAUACUCGUACAUCUCCUUACACCCUUUACAGCUCCCCAAAUCAACAAUCUGUCCCUUUGGACCUGUGUAAGACUAAAACCCCUUCAAGUGGUGCAAGUGUCAAAGAAACAGCAUUCAGUGCUAGUAAACUGCUGCAAAACUUAGCCCAGUGUGGAAAACAAAGUGGAACAGCUUCACCAACAUCUAAAGCUCCCUUGCCUCCAUUUAAAAGGCAGACUCAAGAACUUAAAACAUCAAGUUCUGCAACUGUGCUAGAAAGACUUGCUGCACCAGUUAACAAAAACAGCACCCCGACAGGGUGGGAAGGAACACGUGUGAAAUCGCCAGUUGUGGCAGAACCUACCCAACGUGGCUCAGAGAUCGAAAAUCUCCUUGAACGGCGCACUGUCCUCCAGCUUCUUUUGGGGAAUAAAACGCAAAAAGAUAGAUCCACCAAUAAGCGAAAAAGAGAUUCUGGAAGGAGCAUUUCAGCAGAAAGGCAACCAAAUCACUUAAAAUGCCACAGUAAUUUGGACAGACCCUCACCAGACAUUUCAGUCAAAACUGAGACACUGGACGAGGGUGAAAUGUUUAACAAUGGCAAAGGUACAAAUCGAUGCCAGAACAUAUUAGCAGAAUCACCUAAACAGAGCUUCCAUACUCUCAAUCAGGGUACAGUAAAGCAGGAGCCACUAUCUCCAAUGGCAGUCUACAGAGAUGGUCUUCUAUCUCAUCUUUUGCAACAGCAGUCUAGAACAUUAAAGCCAAACCCUUUAGAGGACUCAAACAAUGGCUACAUCAAAGAGGAACCAGCAGAACAGCAGGGACCAACCAUCCCAAAGAAGAGAAAAUUUUCAGUUGAACCAGAGGACCACACAGAAGUAAGCCAGCAAGGAAUUUGUACUAGCUCUGGCAGCCAAAAAAACAAAAGCAACUGCUCAACCUCUGGAAUUCCAGAGGCGAAAGAGACCAGUGAUCCAUCCAGCCCCCCAGAGGCAGACAGUCCACCAGCUAAGUUUCCACCAUGUGAAUCUCCAAGUAAUGAAAAUCGUGGAUUCAAUGUUCUGAGGCAGCUACUUCUUUCUGACAACUGUUUGAAAGAACUGUCCCAGUCGAGGUGUAUGUUUAGUCCAAUGACGCAUCCCAUCCUAAAUGGGAGUAUGGUCGAACCACUUAACAAUGGUGAGCUUCAAACCUUUAAUCAAAAUCAAAGCCAGAGCCCCAACAAAAUCUCUUCAGUAAGAACAGGUAUAAAUAGACCAGAAUCUGUCCCGGACAUCCAGGCGACCCAAGAUCCUUCCAGGUCAAAACCUGACAUCACCACGCAGAGUGACUCAGUUAGUUUGGUCAACGGUGACAAUACAAUACAAGACCACCAGCGAGACUCGCCACGCUUGACUAAGGCCAACCCUAUUUUGUACUACAUGCUCCAGAGGAGCAAUGCACAUCUGUUUAGAGACAGAGGGGAGCUUGAACCAAGGUCAGGACAGUUCAGGGCACAGAUGAUGACGAAAGACGAGUCAGAGGCCUUUGACCUCAAAAUGAACUUGCAACAAAGCCCACAUAAUCACAGUGGAACUCAUAGCUGUGAAUCCCCACGACUGAAUGGCUCACUGAAGAAAUCCUAAUUGUGAAGUGGUAGAGGAAUUAGAACAUGCUUCUCUAUCUUCAUUCUCCUUCCUUAUUUGUAUUGUAGUUUUGUUGGUCGGGUUUUCAUGUAAUUUAUUCUGCUUUUAGUAAGAUGAUGAUAAUCCCAGUACUUUAUUUCUUGCUUUUGUUUCCAUAUUGUGAUUAUUGUCCUCAAAAACACAAUGACAUCAUUAAAUAAUCAGCAUUCUAAUUCUUACAUUAGUGUCACUAGCUCCUGACUAUGUAGCUAAAUGUCCUAAUGAAAACAAAUAGUUUGUUUCUUUACAUGGUUGAAGUUGAGUUUUGAGAGUAAGUUAUUUUGCAAUAGUGCAGGUUGUUAAUUAAUUGAAUUGCAACCCCCCAAUAUUAACAUUAUAAUGUGAAUUAUAAUUUGUGAUGCUGCAGAUGGAUAGAUCUUGAACUGCUGAUUUUGUCAUUUUAGACAGAAGUGUCUUUUUCAGACAGAAUUGUGCAUUGCUCAAUGUAGACAAUUUGUUCACCAUCGUAGAUGAACAAGGUUCAUCCUUAUGAUACCAUGAUAUAGUACAUGCAUGAUAUGUGACAAUUGUACACUUUGGUAUUGGUGUUUUUUGUUGUUGUUGUUGUUUUUGCUUUUUAAUUUUUUUUUCCCUUUAUUUUGUGACUAAUUUGUCAAGUGCUUUACAAUGACUCAGCAUUUUAAUGCAGCAAGUGUAGAGAUUUAUACAGCACCCUAUAAGGAACAAAAGAAGGUACAAAAAAAUAAACUUGACUACUAAAGAUUGAUUUUUGCUGAGCUAAAGUUUAAGUUUAAUAUGAUGUUAUGAAUAGGUCUUGGCAUCAGCAUGUGCCAUGAAUGUGUUGCAUUUUGUAAGAAAUUUGGAUUGUUGCAUUAAGAUGAGACAAAUCAAGCCUGCCAGACAUGCAGAGAGUGUAGUAAUUACGGGCAGGACGUGGUGUUUUAAUGAAGGAAGUGUUUGGUAUAAUUGCCAUUCACCACAUAUGAUACAGUAUGGUCUUAUAUUUCACAUAUUGGAAUAUAACAAGUUAUUUUUGUCCCCUUGAUCUUAAAGACUCGUUCUAAAAUAUAUUUAUGUACAUACCAUAAUCUUUAUCUUUAUGAAAGACAGCUAUUUUAUAUGGAUGAAAAGAGAAGCAUUUUAUUUUGAAAUUUCCUAAAGAGACUUCACAGUAAUGGCUGUGUGAAUAUGUACAUACUUUAGAGGAUGUUUUUGUCCUUCUUUUGCAUGUGUCUCUUGGUAAAAUGACAAUAAUCCGUUCUGCAACAUGUUGUGUUAUGUCAGAUAUUCAACAAGUACACCAAUGCCUGUUGCAUGCAGAUGCAUGAGAAGGUUCCAAUGUAUAACUGGACAUGGGGGAAUUCAAAGUCUUAAGCAUAAAUAUUUUGUCAUGAAGCCCGAUACGUAAAAUGUAUUCUGUCUGUUUACUUUGGGAAAUAGACUGCUGAGCAAAAUAUUGUAUUUGAACUUUUGAAACAGAUGUGCAUAUGAAAAUAUUUAUUUUCUUUUUAUUCUAUUUUAUUUUUUACAAGAGAAAAACCAAACAGGUAAAACAAUCAUGUCAUGUACAGUACAGCGCAAGUAUGGAUUACUUUGAUGUUUCACAGAUUUAACUUGGUUUUAAAAAGAAAUUGUUUUGGAGCAGGCUAACUGCAGCAUAUUGAAUAUUAUUGUGAUAUCAUUUUUGAAAUGUAUUUGUUUUGGUGUUUACUUGCACAGAUUUUGAAUAAAGUUCAAAAAUGCACAAUUAGAACAAA